AUGGGGAAGAGCAGCAAGAAAAAGCCCAAGGAGCUGGAGGCACAUAUUCAGAUGGCGCUGCUUCAUUAUGUUAAAAAAGUAAAUUUCAAAAAUACUGCAGGCGAACAAAUAUUCUUUGAUAAGAAUGGAGAUAUCCCUAUUUCCCUAGAUAUUCUUAAUUGGCAGCUUUAUCCCAACGGUAGCAAUCAGUAUAUCCAUAUUGGCAGAUUUGAUGGAGGUGCUCCAGAAGGCAGUAAACUGCAAACUGAUGAAAGCAAAAUUAUGUGGAAUGGACACAAUCAUCCCCCUAUUUCUGUCUGCAGUAAUCCAUGCCCAAAAGGAUUUAGAAGAGCCAAUCGUCAAGGACAAAAGAUCUGUUGUUUUGAUUGUGUUCCAUGCUCUGAAGGAGAAAUCCUCAAUCCGAAUGAUACUACUGAAUGUCUCAAGUGUCCAGAAGAUCAAUGGCCAAAUACAUUGAAAGAAAAAUGUGUUCCAAAACCCAUCCAAUUUCUAGCUUAUGAUGAGAUACUCGGCUCUUCCCUAGCCUCUAUCUCAAUUAUAUGUUGUCUUCUUACCUUUUCUGUACUUUGCCUAUUUCUCGUUAAGCACAAAACACCCAUUGUUAAAGCCAACAAUCGGGAGCUCAGUUAUCUUCUUCUUGUUUCCCUUAUGUUUUGCUUUUUAUGCUCUUUAGUAUUCAUUGGGCGCCCCAGCAUGUUGACCUGCAUGUUACGCCAAAUAGUUUUUGGCAUAAUUUUCUCAAUUUGUCUUUCUAUAAUACUAGCGAAGACUAUCAAUGUCAUCAUGUUGUUCAGAGCAACAAAUCCAGCAAACACUAAAAUGAGAAAGCUAUUGAGACUGAGAAUUCCAAUAUACAUUAUUCCUUGCUGUUCUUUGAUCCAGAUUGUAAUUUGCCUAAUAUGGCUAAGUAGUUCUGCUCCCUUUGACGAAUUUAACAUGAUUGCAGAGAUUGGAACAAUCAUUAUAGAAUGCAAUGAAGGAUCUAAAAUAUUGUUUUCAUGUGUUUUGGGAUAUAUGGGACUCUUAGCUUUCAUUAGCCUCAUUGUUGCCUUCCUGGCCAGGAAUCUCCCUGACACCUUUAAUGAAACUAAGUUUAUCACAUUUAGUAUGCUAGUGUUUGCUAGUGUUUGGAUUACAUUUAUACCUGCUUAUCUUAGCACCAAAGGAAAAUACAUGGUGGCAGUUGAAAUUUUUGCCAUCAUAUCUUCCUCUGCAGGAAUUCUUGUUUGUAUCUUCUUUCCUAAAUGUUACAUUAUUUUAUUGCAACCAGAAAUGAAUGAUAAAAAAUAUAUAACAGGGAGUAGACGUACAUGA